UUUGGCAUUUAGUUCUGUAAUAGGUAAUAUAUUAUAAGACAAUAUUAUACUAGCUGGUAACAUUAUGUCACCUCAAUACCGUGUAAAACCGUUAUGUGCAUGUUUCACAUCCACAUUUAGUUUAAAUUCGUUCCAUUAAAAACAUAAUGUACUAUAAUAAUUCCCCCUAAAUCAUACUUUUCGUAUUAUACAUAAUAUGCCUGAUACUAAUAUAUUUCUUAACUCUCUAUCAUAUUUUGUUGAUAAUGUAUUUUAUUUAUUUAUUCUACUAAAUUUUCUCUCAUUAAUAUUUAAUAAAAUCCAUACUAUGUAAUAUUGAUCUGAUUACAAUACUGCACUCUGUACCCUUGUGGUGUUUAAAAGUAUAAUUAAUUGUCUAUUAAUAUUUAUCGUAAAUUAUACAUUAAUUCGACUUUAAUCGUCAACAAAUAUUGCGAGGGACUUCUUUCCAUACCCUUCCCAAAUGGAAUUCAUUCGUAUUUAGUAUUAUUAAUUUAUAGAUAGGUAUCUACGGUUUUUCGAAGACUGUAAUUCCGGGCUCUAAACUGAUGAACAAAUUUAUAGGAGAAACUCGAUGAGUUAAACGUGAUGAUUAUUAAAUGGAACGCAGACGUUGUCAUGCUAUCACUAUUCACUAUAUGCAACUGUAUCCUACAUUACGAUCUUAUAUAAAAAUACUUAGGUUUCUCUUUAAUUCUUCAACUGUACCACAUAAAGGUUUUUUUUUUAACAAUAAGUUACCAUAUUCUACAUACGGACCUAAAAUUAAAAACUAUCCACGAGGAAGCCAAACACUUUUACAAAAGAUUCCACAACCGUCUUUCCUCCCACUCGAAUCCUUUAAUUAAAAACCUUUCCUCCCUCUCAAUCCCCGGCAGUCCUCUUAGACGUUUAAAACGCAAAUGGUGUAGAGACCUGUUACAAAUUUCAAAAUAGAAAAAAAAAAUAAUAAUAAUAUUAACUAAUUAAAUAUUAUAUAAUUCAAUAGUUCAUUUACAUUUCUAUACAACUAUCAACAUUAAAGUGUCAUCAUUGGGUGGCUUCUUUACUCACUUUUUGUAUUUUGUAUACUCAUGUUAUCUGUACCUUAUCAUAUAUGCUUAUUAUAUCAUCUGAUAUAGAUUGUAUAUUUCGACUCAAAAUAAAUAAAUAAAAAACAAUAAGUUACACGGAAUUCACCCACAAAUACCUAUACCUACAGGUUGGUAUGACGUCGUACUUUAGUUUUUGUUAAACAUUUAGUCGGUUUUAUAUAUUAGAUAUCUAACCGGCUUCUCGUGAGAACCCCCGACUUCCAUUCGCUACAAAACAGGUUGUAACAUUAAACCACUUAUAAAUAUUACACUGACGGAGAUAUUAUACACAUAUAAUUGAAUAUAUAUUCUUAUAUGACGUACAGCAGGCUUUCAAUUUAAAAGUAAAAAACAACAAACCAAAUUUAAGUUACAUAACAUUGUAGGGGCUGUAGGUUUUUAGUUUUAAUGCUAAUUAAUAUUUCACUUACACAUCUUCGAAAUAGACCAAACAUCGUGUAUUUGUUUUAUUGUAACUUAAUUUAUAAGUAAAAUUCACUUGAAAAAAUAACGCAUUCAUGUUCACGGCGGUUAAGAAAUUAAAGCGUUCAAUGUUGCCAGAAAAUUCCUCGUUAUCAAAAAUUAUUACUAUGGACAUUAUCUUUAAAGACCAUAUUACAGAGUGAUGAGAAAAAAAAUUCUAAAUAAUUUAUAUUACAUAUUAUUAUUAUAUAUUAUUACUAAAUUUAACUAUUAAACUUAAAUUUACUAUUUGAAGUUUUGAAUCGGAGUUUUCGUGGGAAAAGAAUAUAGAGAUUAAAUAAAAAAAUAUAAAUUAUAUCAUGCUCACAAGACUCAUUCACACAGCAUACCUAUAUUUUAUAGUUUUUUCCUUUACAUCCUUUAUUAUCCUUUAAAGUUUAGAAAAGCAACGCUAAAAUCCUUGCGGUUCUUGUAUUCUGACCACUUAGGAAUUACGAAAAUUGUGUUAUUGAAUGUUACUCAAUAUUGUGUUUACCUAAUAUGAAGUCUGUGUAAAGUAUAUGCCAUCAGACUACGGAACUUGUGUCUACUAUUCAAAAGACGUUUAGUUUGGAGUUUAAUGCCCCCGUUUCCAAAAAAAGUUCACAAUUUCAUGGUGUCACUAUAUAUUAUACAAUAUAUUGAAAUUGAUUUGAUAUCUUAUAUACCCAUGAAACGAUCUAUAAUCACAAUAAUUAGGUAGUCUGUAGCGCAGUGUUUCUCUUCCUAAGGGUCGCGGCCCGUUCGGGGGUGGCAAACCAAUUAUUUAAGGUCGUCAAAAAUACAGUAAAACUUCUAUAUAACAGUCACGAAAGGGACCGGAAAUAAUGAUCGCUAUUUAAAGGUGACCGUCCUUAAGAGGCGGUUUAUAAAGGCAUAAUAUUUGACGGGACUAAAAAAAAUUACCGUUACAUAGAGGUGACCGUUAGCGGAAGUUUUGCUGUUUAAAAUAUUGGGUCACCAUGUAUAAAAUAUACAUUUAAGAGUUGCUAAAAAAUUAAAUAAUCAUUUAGGAGUCGCAACAGUAAAAAGGUUGAGAUACACUAGUCUAGCGGUUAGGGCAUUAAGUAGGCUGGUAAGCAGGUUAAUGUUUCAGGUUUUAUACCCGGCGAAAACCUCUGUAACGUGGUCUUUGUUUUGCGUUAUUUGCGUAAUUUCGUCGGUUCUAUUACCAUAAAUACUCAUUUCAGAACGUUACACGGAUGUUAUUUUUAACUGUUUUUGAUAACGAUACCAUAAUAUUAAUGCAAUAUCACUGAACAGUUGUCAAUUUCAGAAAAAUACGGUUGUAAAAACGUAAUUAUAACGUUAAUAAUAAAACACAUUUUGCAAUGUUACAGUGUGACACGUGAACGUCAAUAUAACGUUGUUGUAUCAAAAAACGUAAGUGUCUUUUUUUGAAAAUCGAGUUUUUACAAUAAUCCCAGUUAUUAUCGUUGCAUACCGUACAAUUUUAUAAAGAGGUAAUACUGGGGAAGAGUGCGGUGGGCAUGAAUACAAGCGGAGCCAUGGAGCAAUGUCCCCCCUCCAAAUCUCAAAAAAAAAAAAAAGAUUGGUGGAAAUUAUUACAAGUACACUACAUUUAAAUUUAUCUUCAAUAGAAUAAUAUCAAAACUUGCAUGAGAAAAACAUUUAACUAUUUUUUUUACAUAUUUCAAUAUUAGAUAUAAUAUUUGGUAAAAAUGAUGAUAUUGGUUUUCGGUCAAUUCUAUUUAUAGUUCUGUAAUUUCUAAUCACGCCGGCUAACGAAGGCUUAUACCGUUCACGUUAUCGUCGUAGAUAUCCAUGUUACAACCAUUAUUUUAAUAUUUUCAUCCAAAAUUCAUCUAAAGUUCAAAGUAUACGAAAUUUAGUUAAAAUUAUUAAAGACAUUAUUUGAUUUGUUUCUUUUUGGGCAAAAUGUACUGUAGUUUUGAAGAUAUAUACUGGCCAUCAGCUAUAAGAUUAUUAUAGGAUUAUGUGAAAGAAAUGGAUUGAGAGGCAUGAAAGAGUUGCUAGAUUUUUACAAGAUAUGCCAAAAAUUAUUAAUGCAUUAAUACACUUGAAUACAGCUGCAAAUAUUAUUAAAGAUGCAUUAUAAGUUCUUUCGAGAUACCAUAAAAAUGUUGAAACAGAAUAUUCAAAUAUGUUUAAUUCAUCUUAAGAUUUAGCAAAUAUAAUCGAUGUAGAAUUACGAAUGCCCAGGUUAUGUAAGCUAAAAAUCGUUCAAACUAUCUUACUAAUAAUAUAGAAGACUAUUACUGAAUUACAAUAUUCAUUCCUUUAUUGGAUAAUAUUAUAGAUGACCUAAAAACACAUUUUUCACAAAGCGCAUUAGAAUUAUUUCAGUUAUAUUUUUUUUUCCUUUUAAUUUUUUAAAAAUACCAAAUGACCAAAAAGAAGAAACUAAAAUAAAAUCAGUUGCAAAAGAUUUUCAAAUAUUACUUCAUAAAAAUAAGAUAUCCUUCCCAGUGGUAUGCCGAAGUAGGUUUUUUUGAGGCGAUUGCCUCAUGACCACAAUAGGUGGGUGGGUAGCUGACCAAAUAGAUCGAAUGAGUUUUGUUUAUUAUAUUAUUUAUAUAAGUAUCUUAUUACGAAUAUGAUAGUCUAUAUUAUGUGGUUAAUAAAUAAGCUAAAUAAAGCUAAAUAAAUAGCUAAAUAAAGUUUUUUUCUGUAUUUAUGUGUAGUGCAUGUAAAAAUCCAUGUUUUAAUUGGGUGGGUCCAAACUUUUUUGGUUUUCCUCAAGUACGAACAAUUUUCAGCACGCCACUGAUCCUCCCAAUUAGUUGAUGAAUACUAUAUUUGAAAAGAAAGGUAAAUACGUGAUUAUCAAGAUGAUCCAUCAGUAAUUUCUAAGCAUGCCAUUGAUAAAUUACAGAAUUGUGAUGAAGAUGUUUUUCCUUUAAUAAACAAAAUAUUAGAAUUAUUAUUUACUUUUCCUAUUAGUAAUUUUAGCUCUGAAAGAAUAUUAUCUUCUUUAAGGUGUCUUAAAACAUGUUUAAGAUCAACAGAAUGUAAAAUACGUUUGACUAAACUUGAACUAUUGAACAUGCACAGCCCACAGGGACAUAGACAUCGAUAAUGAAAAAGUGAUUCAACGAUUCUCUAAAAGUAAAAGUAAACUAAUAUUUGCAAUUUGAAAGCCAUAAGAAAUUAACCUUAAUAAAAAUUAAACAUUUGAUUAGAAUUUAUCAUAAAUUAUUAACUAUAAUAAUAUUCAGCUUAAAUGCACAAAAAGUAAUGUAAUAAUGUAGUAAUGUAAUUUAAUAUUUUAUAAGUAAUAAAAUAAAAUCUUGAGUAACCUAAAUAUUUUUAAAAAGUGUUCUUGUUUAUUUAUGCAUUUAUGUCAAAACAAAUUUAAAUUAUUUUUUGAAGUUUACUGUAGGAACUAAAAUAUCAUGAAAAAUAACAAUUAUUUAGGAUACCAAUAGUCUGAACGAAAUAUUUUCAAUUUUGAUCUCUUAAAUAAAUAAUUUCGUCAUAAAUUUUGACUCAAUCAUCAUUAUCCUAAUAUAAACAAAUAUUAACAUAAUAAACCCUAAUAAUCUCUAUUGAUAUUAUUUGAUGCCCCCCCCCCUAAACAAACAGCUUGAAUCCACGCCUGCAAUAUUUCUGGUAGAAAAUAUAUAGUUUGUAAAAAAUAAAAACAAUGAACUCGAUAACGCCUCUGCGUGACGUAAAUAUUUGCCAUUUUACCUAUAAUUUUCUUUCGGGGUUUUCUCAAUUAUUUUAAAAACUUAUUGAAAAAUUAAAAAAUGACCUUUCUAAUGCACUAACUAGUCAAAAUUUCUUUUCAGAAAGGUACUAAACUCUGUACAUCACAUCAGAGCACUUUUCUUUUCGAAAAGUUGUUUACACAUAAAAAAAAAAAGCGCAUAUCAUAGUAAAACCAAUAGAUUCCUCGCUACGCUCCACCGAAUCUAAAAUAAACCGUCCACCAGAUUAACACGAAUAUUAAGCCAAAAUCACUGAGGGGUGAGUUUUUUUUUUUUAAUUUCCAACUAUAUAUAGAUUCCAUUUUAAAUUGCCUCCUUUUUAAAAAAAAAAAACCAAUUUGACAAAUUUAUAAAAUAAACUCAUAUAAACUGUUCAUCCCAUGAAAUUCGUUUCGAAUUGUGUUUCCGAAUUUGAAUUAAUCAGCGAAAAAUGUCAAAAUUAUACAAUAAAUUUGCCUACCAAAAUGGCCAAUGUCCCCGAGCGUGUGCAUAAUGGGUGUUACCCAUUUACACUACCCAUGUGAAUCACCUUAUCAUAUUAAACGAGUACUUAUGAAUAUAAUACUAAUUGUACUAUAUUAAAAAAAAGUUAUUAUUUUCAUUUUGAAGAAUUGAUUUCGUUUUAGGUGUCGAAUGCAAUAAUGAAGCGUAUCGCGGAUUUCAAAAGCGGAACAAGCGGUUACGGAUAUUACAGCCACUAUAGAUGUAUAAAGAGCAAUAACCUUGAUUGAAUUAUAUUAUGCUAUUAUACUUGUAGAAAUUCGAUUUUGGCAUAUUUCGAUUUCGCCGUGCGAAUGCACAUUGUGCGUAUCGUAUUUUGGAAAGUCAAAUAUAUAGUCGCCUAAAUAGUUCACCGUAAGGCUGACGCCGGUAAGUGUGCAUCCAAAAUUGAAUGUUCAAAUAUACUCUCGACGUGUUAUUUUCAUUUCAGAAAUAAUGGUGAGCCGUAAGGGUGAAAUGGUGCUGAAACGAAAACAAGAACUUCUACACCACCUCCGAGAAUUCACAAUUUUUCGACAAAAAAUAUAA